CCCCACAACCACAGCCAGCAAUCAACAAUCCAUUCAUCAGUUCAUCCCCUUUGUCCUUCAUCCGUUGCUGGGUUUUGCAAAUUGUUCGUUCUCCGUUCCAUCCUCCUUCUGUAUUUGUCUCACGUCAACCCACCGCCAUCAUGAGAGAAGUUAUCAGUUUGAACGUCGGCCAGGCUGGCUGUCAAAUCGCCAACUCGUGCUGGGAGCUUUACUGCCUGGAACACGGAAUUCAGCCGGAUGGAUACCUCACUGAAGAACGAAAAGCCGCCGACCCCGACCAGGGAUUCAGCACUUUCUUCUCCGAGACAGGCAACGGCAAAUAUGUCCCCCGAACCAUCUACUGCGAUCUCGAGCCCAAUGUCGUUGAUGAAGUCCGCACUGGCGCGUACCGAAGCCUUUUCCACCCAGAACAGAUGAUUACAGGAAAAGAGGAUGCUUCCAACAACUAUGCUCGUGGCCACUACACCGUCGGCAAGGAGCUCAUUGACCAGGUCCUCGACAAGGUCCGCCGCGUCGCAGACAACUGCAGUGGCCUGCAGGGCUUCCUUGUCUUCCACUCCUUCGGCGGUGGCACCGGCUCUGGCUUUGGUGCCUUGCUCAUGGAGCGCCUCUCGGUCGACUACGGCAAGAAGUGCAAACUCGAAUUCUGCGUGUAUCCCGCACCCCAGGUCGCUACCUCCGUCGUGGAGCCGUACAAUUCGAUUUUGACCACCCACACCACUUUGGAGCACUCGGACUGCAGUUUCAUGGUCGACAAUGAGGCCAUCUACGACAUCUGCCGACGUAACCUGGGAAUUGAACGCCCCAACCUAGAGAACUUGAACAGACUGAUUGCUCAAGUCGUUUCUUCCAUCACCGCCUCCCUUCGAUUUGAUGGCUCCCUGAACGUCGAUUUGGCAGAGUUCCAAACGAACCUCGUCCCCUACCCUCGCAUCCACUUCCCACUGGUGGCCUAUGCCCCAGUCAUCUCUGCUGCAAAGGCUCAGCACGAGGCUAACUCGGUUCAAGAGAUCUCCAUGUCUUGCUUCGAGCCCAACAACCAGAUGGUCAAGUGUGAUCCCCGCAACGGCAAAUACAUGGCGACUUGCUUGCUGUACCGAGGCGAUGUGGUUCCAAACGACGUCCAUCAAGCUGUCGCUACCCUGAAGACAAAGCGCACCAUCCAGUUCGUGGAUUGGUGCCCAACAGGAUUUAAGAUUGGAAUCUGCUACCAGCCACCUCAGAUGGUGCCAAAUGGGGACCUCGCUAAAGUCAAUCGUGCAGUGUGCAUGCUGUCCAACACAACGGCCAUUGCCGAGGCCUGGUCUGCUCUGUCCCACAAGUUCGACUUGAUGUACUCCAAACGCGCCUUUGUGCACUGGUAUGUUGGCGAGGGUAUGGAGGAAGGUGAAUUCUCCGAGGCUCGUGAGGAUCUUGCUGCACUCGAGAGGGACUACGAAGAGGUCGCCAGCGACUCGAUUGAAGAAGGAGAAGGAUCGGAGCUCCUCGAACAUUAGUUCCGCCAUUGAUUGUCUCUUCGUACUGUUUAGUCACCAUUAUCAAGCUCUUGGUUGAGCAUCGCAAGGAGUGCAGGAGCCGUGAUUAUUUUCUUAGUACUACUUGAUCACACCCUUGAAGACAGAAGGUCUCUGUGAGACGAACAUAAUUGGAACUUGAAUACCUACCCAGAUUGUCAAUGAACAUCCUUUGCCCGUAUCUAGGGAAUAGGGUGGUGAGAUUAAUCUGUCGACAUUGCCCAUUGUGUCUAAUAACUGCU